AUGGAAAGAUGGUUAAUACAAUCUAUAAUGAUAUCUGUGUUUGGAUUUCUCAAAGAUUUUCGGCCAGAAGAUCCUUAUAUAAUUCAAUACUUGACCAGCUCACCAAUGAAUUUUACAAUUGAAGAAGUAAACAUUAUUUUAUAUUUGUUAUUACGAUUUAUAUAAUUUUUUUUUUCUAAGAAUUAUAAUGUUUAGUUUACUAAUUAUUAAUUACCAAACAGUAAAUAUUUAAGAAUAAUGUAAUUAUAAAAAGGUAUUCUUAUACUUCGAUCACUAAAAACUUUAAUGGUAAUUAACUAUGGAAUAUUUAAUUUAUAUAUGUAAUAACUUAAAUACAUUACAUUUAUAUAGCGUAUAUUUAUAUUUAGAAAUGGUUUUUAAUAGAUUAUUUGUGUUAUUAUUUAGUUCACAAUUCUGGACUUCUAAAAUUAAUAUUUAUAAUAUACUUAUGCAUAUGUAAUAUGUAUACAAAAUACAAAUUAAAUUUUAAAGUAUUAAAAUAUAACGAAUCAUAAGUUAUGAGUAAUAGCUAAUUUAUUCGUUUUUUAAAAUACAGUUUUGAUGGUUACUUAUGGUAGGUAUUAUAAUUUUAUUUAUUUUUGUUUAUUAUACAGAUAAUUCAAGAAAUAUUUCCAGUGUCAACAUAUACAUGUGUUAAUGUCACAAUUAUUAUAUUUUUGGUUACUGAUUACUUACAUUACAAACCUAUUUUAGUGUUUGGUGCUAUUUCAAGUGUUAUCAGCCAAAUAUUUUUAAUUUUUGCUCGGACUAAGACUAAUAUGCAGGUAGAUAGGCAAAUUUACCUUUGGAAUUGUUAAUACUCGUAUACAUGGAUAUGUAUUAUUACAGUUUAAAAAAAUUCAAUGCUCGAAUUGGAGGGGGGGGAUGGAGUACCUUAACUCAUUUUUCAGAAAUGUAAGCGUAUACUUCUAUUUGUUUGAAGUGGAACGCUUGGGGUGCAGUGGCGGUGGCCGUGGCGAUCGCUCCUCUUUGGGCUGUAUUUUUUUUUUUUUAAUUUUAUAUUCUAAAAUAAUUGUUUAUACAAUAUAUUAUAUUAAAUUUUUUUAAUAAAAUCAGCUGCUACCUUUUAUCGUAAAAACACGACAUUUUGCAUUUUUAUCAAAAUACAAUUUCAAUAAAAUUUGAACCUAAAGCAGUUAUAAAAACAAAUUACUACGUUGAACUUUUUUCCUACUAAUUUUAAUUUAUCAAAAUAAUUUUAACUACAUAAAAUCAAAUAAAAUCCUAAAAAACUUGAAAAUUUCAAAUGGCUAUAACUGAAAAUUGCCAGAAUGAUUUAAAAAUUAUAUUAUUUCUGGAAAGAUAUACCUGUAUAAGUAUUCAGUGAAAUUUCCGAUCUCUAUGAUUAUUUUUUAUUGCAUAAUGAAACAGAAACAGUGAAUGCAACAGUUACAAGUUUACCCAAAUCUCCUUAUCACACCAACUUUUACUAAAAACCAUCACCUCUAAAGUCGAUAAAUGGAGAAAUAUUUCUGGUAGAAAAGCUGUUCACAUACAGAAAAUAAACGAACGCAUUGUAAUAAAAUCAUAGUGGUAACCAUCAUAUUAGAAUCUAAAACGGAGGUUUCCAUAGUGGUUCAUAUCGACCCUCUGGGGUUAAUUUUGUUUUGCAAUGGGUCCAUGUUAAUGAAAAAAAAAUUGGGGGUGCACUAGAUAUAAAUAGGUGUCCACGUGAGUAAUUGAGUUUGCAUCAUAAUUUUUAUGAAAAACACUUGUGGGACAAUGCGGACGAUAAACAAUAUUGUCGAUAAUGACUAACGUAAAUAUCGGAAUUUAAGAUAAAAUUAUAAACGGUACAAAUCGCGGAUUAAGAUAUAUCUAAUUAAGGUAUAUCUUAAUUUUUGGGACACAUUCAAACGUAUAUCAACGUAAGCCAUGAUUAUUAAUAAUCCAAUAUCCACCGUCUCACUAAUGACUACGAUAAACAUGAUCAGUCAACGCUGACGGUCGGAAAAACUUGUACGUUUGUCGUUUAGUUCAUCCGUGACAGUCGAUCGUCUAUCAUACGUCGGUCGUCAUUUUUUUAGUUUAUAGUAAUCGGUUAAUUUUUAUCCAAUGAUUACUACUAUUAAAUAUGGGCACAUGACCGAAUCUAAAAAGAAAUGUAGGCAAUAUACCGUAGUUCAGCUUCAUUACAUUACUGACGGACAAAGCCCUAUCCAUGUUCCUUAUACGCAACAAAGUUUUUAGCAACGGAUUUAUGAAACCGUUCAAGCUAGAGGAACAUGUGAGAAAGUGUUACCCUGACAAAAGAAGUAAAGAUUUUAAGUACUGUAGAAUGUUAAAGAUCCCAUUUUAAAAGAUUCUAUUCUGGAUUUUAGAUUCUGAAAUAAAUAUUAUCUAUCAUGUAAACAAAGGUUAGCUCGCAGUAAAUAGUGUUUGUUUUCGGAAAUUAUAAAUUACACCUACUGAAUAUGUUUAAAAAUUGGUGUGGGAGGUGUGGAGGGCUAAGUCUUGUUAAUUGCAAGGGACGCUAAUUUGUUUGUGUCUUUAUAGUCCUUCUUUUAUUUUUCCAAUUCGAGCAUUGACUAACAUAGGUAUGACAUUAAUAUUGAUCAUAAUUUAAUUUAAUAAUAAAUUUAAUUAUUGACAAUAAAAUACUUCUAGUUUUAAAUUAUAUAUUUCUGAUGAAAAAUUUAUUUGGCUUAGAUAAUGGAUUUCUUUGACGGUAUCAUGAUAGCUUGCGAUAUACCAUAUUAUACAUAUAUUUACACCGCAGUAGAUAAAAAACAUUAUAAAAUUGUUUCCAGUCAUAUGAAUAUGGCAUGUCUUAUAGGUCGUUUCUCUUCGGCUGUGCUUGCCCAAACACUUAUUGAUAACCAUAUAUUAAAAGUGCAACAUUUGAAUUACUUGACACUAACUGGUGAUAUAUUUUGUUUCUUUAUUAUUGUUAAUAAUUUUAAUGUGGUAAUUAACUUGCAAAGUAAUUUAAUUCAACAUGUUUAUUUUAUUAUAGGUACAACUUUAUCAUUAUUAUGGGCUAUUGGAUUACCUUCAGUUCAAAAAAGUCUAUAUUUUCAUCAAGGCACCGAAAAAAAAAAAAAAAUCACUGGUAAAAAAAUGUAUAUUUAUGUUUUUGUUCCUAUUUUUAGUUUUACAGAAAUAAAUUUAUUAUAUCAUACAAUCAAUAGUUUUUAUUAUUAUUGCAUAUGACAUUAUUUUGGCUAGUUUACGAAAAAAAUUGGCGAAUAAAUUAAAUAAAUAAAUCAAAAUAAAUUCAAGAACUGGGUAACGAAAUUUUAAGUAUUCAUUAAAAUGGUAAGAAGUUCGCAAAUGAUUACAAAUGCAAUUUUUAAUUUUUCGUCCAUUAUUUCUGAUAUAACUUUUUAAAAUUGUUCAAUGCCUUCCUUUGAAUUUGGUUUCAUGGAAUAUGUUUACAAUGUGUCUAUUACUCACUAUAUUUACAGUGGGUACAGAGAAUCUGACAGGUACUUCAUUUGUAUAGAGUAUAGAAUGUUAUUUUUAUGUGUUAUUUUUUUAAGUGUAUUAUUAAAUUUUUACAUAUGCCAAAGUUUAGAUUCUGAGCGAGCGAUGCAUGUUUUGGUUUAACAGUGAUGUUUAUUUAUUAAUUAAUUUUUUAUACUAUGUUCACAAAUUAUACCAGAAAUUUUGCUCUGAUGUAUGAAUUUGUAGCACCUUUGAUUGAGUAUUUUUUCUAAUUAUUAAUUUAGGGAGGUUAUUUUGAUUUUCAAAAAUUGGGGAAUACGUAGGAAAAUUGGGAAAUUCAUAAAAAUAAUGUUUUCAUUAUUUUCAAUUUUCUUUUUAUGUUGUAAUAUAUUUCAAGCUUUUUUCCUUUUUAAGGGAUAUCAUUUUUUAAUUUUCCAGGUGAAUUUCAUAAUAAUGGACAAAAACCGGGAAAAAUAUGGAAAAAACUGGACUAUUUAAGAAAUUUAUUAUUCUUAAGCUUUUUUUUUUAUGUGAUUCAGUUAAAAAUAUUUGUAGAAACUUGAAAUUUUGACAGGAAACUUAUAUAAUAUGCCUUUUUUAGACGUGUUAAAAUUUUCAAAACAUUUGACACACUUUUGAGCUAUUUAUAGAUUUUUUUAGAUAGAUAUUUUAAUAGAUAAUAUUGAGAGUUUUUUUACCUUAUUUUUAUACAGUAGGUACUAGUGGAUGUUAGACCAAACAGAAAUGAUUAAAAUUUUAACAGGAGUUUCAUUAUAAGUUGUACUUGGCGGUCAAUAAAAAAAUGAGUUGAAUUUAAUGUAGUAUUUUUUUUUUUUUUAUAAGAAUUUUAGUAUCUAAGGGGGGAGAGAGGCAAAAUUCUCUAGAUACGCCACUGUGAAAUGUAUGUGAAGUCGUUUCUAAGGUGAGACGCCUGGAAAUAAAUAAGUUAUAAUUUAAUAUUAUCUUAAAAAUAUAUAUUGCUCAAUAAAGUAUGUGCAUUUUAUAAAACACUCAUGCAAUGUAUGUAUAAGAUGUCUAGAAUGUACACAUUGUCCAUUCUAUAUAUAUAUAUAAUACUUGUUUAAUAUAUUUAGUUAUCAUAUCUCGAUAUCUAGUUAAUGUUAUCAACAAUAAUAAUACAAUUAUUUAACAUAAAUACAUUUAUAUAAACUUUUAAUUGUAUUCAUAGAUAUUGAUACAUCUAAACCUAAAAAUGUGUUUCAAAUACUAUGGUUGGACUUCAUCACUGCUUUCACAAACCACAAUGUUCUUCAGUGGUCGAUCUGUUGGAUUUUAGGAACAUAUUUUUAUUAUCAGGUUUGGAUUACUUCUGUAAUAAUCAAAUUUAAUAAUUUAUUGAAAGUAAACUAUAUUUUUAUUUAGGGAUAUUAUUUACAUUUAAUCAUUUUUUUUUUUAAAUAUUAAUUUCACAUUAAAGUAUUAGGAUCUGUAAAUUUGUUCUGUUUCAUCAUGAAUGUACAUCUACAUAAAUGUGAAAACCAGAUUUUAAAAUUUGUUAAUCAUUAGAAUAAAAAUGGCAUAUUAUGUAUGCAACUAACAUUUAUUCAGUUUUCAUAUAGCAAAUUAAUUUAAUUAUUUAGUAAAGAAUAUCUUAGUAAACUUAUACUAUACGGGGUGAUCAAUCUAUCAUAAGACACUUAUUAUCUUGAAAAGUAUUAACUUUUUCCGGAAUUUAUUUCCUAGAAUAUUUAAGAAACAACUGUUCUACAAUUUUAUAUCUAUGUUAUUUUUUGUCACCCUUAUUUUCGGGGGUAAAACCACUAACUACUUUUGAUUUUCAAACGGCAACCUAUAUUACAAAUUCUAUAAAUAGAUGAAAUAUUAGUUAAAAUAAAUGUCGGUAUUGAAAUUAUUGAUUUCCGUAAAUUCAUUGACGAGAUAUUCCACUUUUAAGUUUAGAUUGGAGGAAAUUAGUGAAUUAUCAUAUGUGUUGAGGUGCAGCAUGCGGCGUGUUAAUAAUGCACCACGACUCUCCCCCAACCGAAACUUAAAAGUGGAAUACCUCGUUAAUGGAUUGACGGAAAUCAAAAAUUUCAAUACCACAAUUAUUUUAACUAAUACUUCAUCUAUUUAUGGAAUUUUCAAUAUAGGUUGCUGCUAUUUGAAAAUCAAAAGUAGGUAGUUAUUUUACCCCCGAAAAUAAGGGUGACAAAAAAUAACAUAGAUAUAAAAUUGUAGAACAGUUGUUUCUUAAAUAUUCUAGGAAAUAAAUUCCGGAAAAAGUUUAUAAUUUCCGAGAUAGCGAGUGUCUUACGAUAGAUUGAUCACUCUGUAUAAGUAACUAUAUUUAGAUAAAAAUACAAAAUAUUGGCUCAAAAAUAUGUCUUAUCAAAUUGGAUAUAAAUGAUACUUGCAUCGUCAUUUUUGAAACUUACCAUAGUUUGAUAAAAAAUUACUACUGACUUGCUGAAAAAUAAAAAUGGAAAAUGUUAGUGAAGCUCGUUAAAAACGAGUCUAUAUAAGUGUGUAUUAAUUUUUUAUUACAUAGUUAUCAGAGCCUUGUUAAGCCAUUUGGUGAUCAGUGGCAUACAUUUUUAAGUGCCUCUCCAAAGGCAUUACCUGGGGUUAAUCCUCCAUAAUUUUGUUAUAUUUUUUUCACAAUUUUAUUAAAUUUAAAUUUUACCUUAUUCAAACAAAAUUAUAUUUUUAGUCUUGAAUUUUUUUCUAGGUACCUACACAACUAUGCAUUACUAGGUUGCUCUUCUAAUUACCAACCAAUAUUCAUUAAUACUCUAAACGUUUGAAAAUAAAACAUUAAAAAGUGAUACAAUCAUAUAGUGAUAUUGUUAAUUUUAUUUUUAGUUUUAUAUUAAGCUGGCCGCUUUACAGUUUUAAAAGCUUUGGUACCCCAAAGUUAUUAACAUGGCCCGGAUUGUAACUAUCAUAAAUAUUGUAUAAAAUCACUACUUAUUGUUAAUUUAGUUUAUGUCGUAUUGCCAAUCGUUAUAUCAACAAAUAUACUAUGAUGGUACAGAUUUGCAAAUAACAAAUAAUGGAAUGGUUGAAGCAAUCUAUACAAUAACCAGUAUGUAUAAUAAAUAUAAAUUCCAUACAUAGGUAUCUAAUAAUAAUAGUUUUAAACUAAUUUUUAUUCUUUUUAACAAAUUUAGCUUUACUAAAAUGUAUAAUAUCAACUUAUUUAGCAAAGCAAAAUAAGCUUUCAAUACACUGCAGUUCUGAAUAAUCUCUUCUCUUUAGAUUUAUUUUUAACAGGCUUUGUACAAUGUAAUUAUAUUAUAAAAAUGUAUUUUUCAAAGGUACGCUGGGAGUUUAUUUUGUUGGCAUUAUAAGAAUACCUAGUUGGUGGUUAGUAGGUAUUCUAACUCUAUGCCAAGGUUUAAUAUUAAUGGUUAUGGCUCAAGAGCAUUUACUGUCGUAUGCAUACUUGGGAUAUAUACUUUUUGGGACAUUUUAUCAUAUUAUGAUUACUAUAGCUAAGUAAGUAUUAUGAUUUAUAAAAUAAUAAAUAAGUGAAAAUUAUUGAGUUGACUCUCAGAAUUAAAUAUACUAGGUAUUUAACUUCUUUGUAGAAAAUAAAAUAUCUACCUAUACUUGUAGGUUAUACUAUUAAGUCUUGUAGAUUUAUUCACGUGUUGUAUUUAUCCCAAGUCAUAUAGGAUAGCUAUAGUGGAAAACAAGUAAUAACAUUAAUUAUAAAUCAUUUAAAAUAAAUUGAUGGUAGGCAUGUAAAAAUAUGUUUUUCAAAAUUUAACAAUUUACAUUUUCAAAAAAAAUUAAAAAUAAAAAAUAAAAAAAAAUUAAUACAAUUUAAAUUAGGAAUACAUUUUUUUUAAAUUGAUUAUUACUAUAGCCUUAUAGUGGUUGGUAUUAAAUUUCAUUAUUAAUUUAAAGCAUAUUGUUCUUAUUGUUUUAUUUUAUACAUUGUCAUGACACCUAAAAAAGUACCUAAUAUUAAGUUAUCCUUAGAUGCUUUUGAAUCAAACUAUAUUAAAGUAGGUAUCUACCUAUUCUACCUUUUUUGCCUAUUCUAAACUUGUUUAAUUUUAAAUUUUUUUCAGUACUUACGUAAUCUAAUACUUCAUUAUUUAUUUGUAUAUACUUAUAGGUAUGUAUCUGUUUGUUAUCUACAAAUGUUAUUUACUGUUUUUUAGUUGUGAAGUAGCCAAAAAUAUUCCUGCAGACUGUUAUGCAUUAGUAUUUGGAAUUAAUACGUUUACAUCACAUUUAUUACAAACAUGUGUGACAAUUGUUGUUAACAGUCCAAUAGGAUUGAUGUUAAAUAUUAGAACCCAAGUAAAUAAAUUAUUAUAGUUUAUUAAAAAAAAAAAAAAAAAAAAAAUCAAUGCUAAUGCAUUAAUACCUACACAAGUGUCAUAUAAAUUAUUAAUGUAAAUUAUUUUAUCUGGUUUUAAAAUUUUAUAUUUAUUAGUUUAUAGUCUAGUUAUAGACAUAAGGUGAUUCAUUUAAGUGGGUACAAUAAUUAUUUCGGAAAGAUCACCUGAUAUAUUUUUGGUAUAGGUAAACCAGAAUUGAAUUUUAAUGAAUGUAUUUUAUCGUUUUAUUUUUCAGUUUUAUUUAUAUGGCCUAAGUUAUUUAAUAAUUGGAUUUGUAUACACUAUUAACGCACUGAGGUCAACAAUUUCAAGAACAAGGAUACAAGAUAUUUUUACCAUAGCUUAA